AUGGCUACAUACCAAAUCAAGAGCACCCAGAAGCCGAUAACGUUUUCCCACUCGGAGAUCGAAGCAGCGAAGCAACUCAUUCAACUCAGCAGCGGAGAUUCUGAAGAGGAUCACCACAGCAGCAACAACAGCUGCAGCUACAGCGUGGUGCAAGGGAAACCGCAUCAGAGCAGGGUCGAUUCUGGUGGCGAUGUUUCCUCCGUCGCAGAAACCACCGUGGACUCCCAAGAUGAAAGCUUUGCGAGCACCAACAAGAGGUACCGUUGUAUUAAAGAUUUGUAUAGCGUUACCGCGCCUGUUCCUGCGGUGAAAGCGAAGAAGAAAAGGAACAAAAAAACCAGUGUGGGAGAUAGGAAGUGA